AUGUGUGAGGGCGAUCGUCGGUGCGUUUCUACAGAGCGUCAGUUCCUGAGCGACUUCGUGGCGGGCGCGGAGAGCACGGCGGGCGGGCGGCUGGCGCGCUGGCUGGCGCCCACGUCGCGCGUCGAGCCCGCCAACUGCGAGCUGAAGGGGCCGACGCAGCCCGUGCGCCCGCUCUCCAGGAUCACGCUGCCCGUCAUCGUGCGCGAUCAGUAUGGCGAGGUCGUCUGCUCGCCGGCUCUUAAAGUUGAGGUGGUGGUGCAGCGGCUGAGCGCGGGCGCGGGCCGCGCGCUGCACGCCGACAGCCAGCGCGCGCGCGUGCCCGACGUGCCCUACCAGCCCACCGUCAGGGAAACUAUGUGCUUCCACGCUAUUACCAUGAUGAAGGCUUAUCAAGACUAUUCGUUCGAGGAGCUCCGGCUGGCGAGCGAGUCGUGGAGCGACGGUGGCGCGGUGGGCGGCACGUUCGUGCACGGCGGCUGCAUCCCGGCAGAGCGCGUGCCCGUGCGCGAGAUCGCGGACGGCUCGUACCUGGCGUCGUGGACGCCGCGCACGGCCGGCGCCUACAUCUGCCGCUGCACGCUGGACGGGCAGCCCGCCUCGCACGAGGUGACGCUGGAGGUGGUGGAGAGCGCGGCGGCGGCGGCGGCGGAGCGCGGCGUGCAGGCAGGCGCGUCCCCGCCCGCGCCGCCGCGCAUGCGCCGCUUCCUGGCGCGCCACAGCGCCGGCCUGCGCGUGCGCGCCAGCCCCAGCUUGCAGGCCGAGGAGAUCGGCCGCGUGCCCUGCGGCAGCAACAUCGACUUCCUGGAAGAGAUCGUGAACAAGGACGGCACGUGGGUGCGGCUGAGCGCGGCGUCGGUGCGCGCCUACACGCCGGGGCUGGCGGAGGUGGCGUGGUGUCUGCAGCACCACCGGCAGCUGGACCGCGCGCUGCUCGUGCCGCUGCCCGACGCCGACUGCGCGCCGCCUGCCGUACAAUACACUACAGUUCAGUCCCCAGAGCUCAGGGAAGCCGCUAUUGAAGAAUGGGAUAGGUUACCACAAGAAAUGCUGGAUGACUUGAUCCUCAGCAUGCCCAGGAGGAUCUUCGCGUGUCAGCGCGCGCGGUCGGACGGCGCGUGGGGCGCGCGUGACGCCGACGCCUGGCCGACGCUGCUCGACGAAGAAAUAUCCUGCGUAGAAGACAGAAACUUCCCGUAUGAGCAAAUACAGAGGGAGGAGUGCGUGUCGGCGGGCGCGGCCGAGCCCAGCAAGCGCAGCCGGCUGCUGCGCGCCGACGUCAGCUGCACGGCCGCGGAGCCCAGAUCAAUUUUUAUUCCACCUAAAAAGCACAUCUGUGCGCGCAUGGAGUUCACUUUCGCGAGCAAAGAAGUUGUUGCCCACGAUUGUCUCAGUUUGCAGACGGAGAUAGAGGCGGAGCGCGCGGAGGGCGGGCGCGUGGCGCAGACCGGCACGCAGACCUCGCCCGAGCGCGACGCGCGCCCCGCGGCCGCCGCGCUCAGCCUCGUGGUGCGUGCCUCGCUCCGACACAUGCCCACCCGCAACCACUACACUACGUUAUGGAUCGUGCACGACGCGAUCGCGUGCGCCGCCUUCCUGAAGUUCCACCCGGCGCUGCCGAAGCAGGGCGCGCGCGUGGUGACGCGGCCCGCGCCGCCCGCCGCGCCGCCGCGCCACCAGCGACACUCCGUCGAGGUCUCCAACGCGGGGCUGUACCUACGCAUCCACCCGACGACGCUGGAGUCGCUGGCGCGCUCGGGCGCCGAGGCGAGCGCCAGCCGGCUGCGCAGGCUCGACUGCGACGCGCCCAUCCGCGAGGAGGACCUGCCCGGGCCCAGCACCGAGCCCCCGGGCGCGGCGCGGUGCGUGGUGAGCGUGCUGCCGCCGGCGAUGCGCGCGCUCGUGGCGCUCUGGGACGCGCUGUGCGACGCGCCGCAGCUCGGCGCCGCCACCGACAGAUUGAAAAAAGAGGAGAAGAAUGAAAAUGAAGAGCCAAGAUCUCACAGCGGUAUUCGUAAGAAGAGAGAUUGGAAUACCAGAAGCGGCAAAACACCAUAUUCUGUGCCGUGCGAGCUGUGCGGCGGCGCGCACGUGGCGCCCCCGCUGGCGGCGCACAUGCGCGCGGCGCACCCCGGCUGCGCGGCGCACACCACGCGCGGCUUCGACCGCGCCGGCGCCUACCGCGCGCCCUCGCCGCCGCCGCACCACCACCCGCCGCCGCCCCAGCCCUACUGCGGCCAGAUGGCGCAGGCGUACCGGCAGCUGUGGUACAUGUUCUGCGAGAAGUGCUUCGACAAGACGAUGAAGGCGGCGCCGUCGCUGCGCCAGGGCCGCGCCAAGAGCCGCGCCGAGAUGGUGGUGUGCGCGCGCGCCGACCCUCCGCCAGACAUCGACCACAAUAUCAUCAAGGACAACGCCGUCUUUCUGCUCGACCUGGCGCCUCUCACUAAUCCGGAGCCACCGAGCUCGAGCGCGUGGGAGAGCGGGGCACGCGGGCCGCCCACGCCGCCCGGCAGCGUGUGGCAGCCUGCGCCGCCCUUCCAGUGCCUGUCCGCGCUGGGCGCCGCGCCGCCCGACGCCGGCGCCGCCGACGCCGCGCGCUACCACUCGCUCGGCCGCCCCGUGCCACCCGCGCUCGCGCCCAUUGUAAAUACAAGCUUUUUUUUUAUCUCUUCAACUAGUCCUUUGUAAAAUGGCGGCUGGCGCGUGCACCGCUCCGUGUCCAUGGGGCAGGCGGGCGCGCGCGACCUCAAGCACGCCGCCAGCCCGCCCGAGCCCGCGCAUGCGCCCACGCACCAGGACACGCUCACAGUUGGCGCGGGCUCGUCGCUGCUGGCGCAGCCGAGCGCGGCGCUGCGGCGGCUCAUCGGCGGCGGCGAGGCGCCGGCGGGCGCUGAGCUGUCGGCCUUCGAGGCGCCCUGCGUGGACGCCGACGCGCUGCUGGCCAGCCCCGUCAUGGCCUUCAUCCUCGCCAAGCGCGACCUGCACGCGCAUCGACAGAAGAUGGACGCCGCCGUCAGGAUCAAUACUGUCAGACAGUACGCCUUUGAGGCGCUGAACUGGCUGCUGCGGUCGGCGACGCAGCCCACGUGCGUGCACGACGUCAUGUGGUGGUUCUGCAACGCGCUCGACCGCUUCGCGCGCAUCGUGCCGCCCGCCGCGGCCGCGCUCGACGACAACAAGGAGAACAGCCGCGGCGCGGUGCCGACAGCGAGCGGCUGGGCCAUCUGCCCGGGAGCGCGGGCAGCGCGCGGCGCUCGCGCGGCCUUCCACGCGUUCCUGGGGUCGGUGAGCGCGCUGGCGCCCUCGCUGGCGCCCGCCAGCGCCGCCGCGCUGCAGGCCGUGCGCUGCUGGGCGCUGCACUACUCGCCGCACGAUCGUGCCUUCCUGCACAGCAAGAUAUUGUCGCACUCGGAGGACGGUGCCUACGAGGAGGGCCUGCUGGGCGCCAUCCAGGAGAGCUACCACAGCUUCCUCAACAAGAGCUACGUGUGGGCGUGCCCCGACGUGACGGGGUGGUGCGACGUGAGCGUGUCGUCGCGUGCAGGCAUGGCGGGCGCGCUCACCGACGGCAGCACCGAGACCUUCUGGGAGUCGGGCGACGAGGACCGCAACAAGGCCAAGUGGAUCCAGGUGGCGUACCCCGGCGGCGCCGCGCCCGACCGCCCGCACGUGCUGGCCGUGCACCUGGACAACACGCGCGACACCGCGAACAAGACGCUGCUCGUGUCGUUCCUGUACAGCGGCGGCUCCAGCGAGAUGUUCCACAUGCAGGACGUCGAGGUCGACCCCAAGACCGCCACCUGGCUGUGCUACACUAUGCCGCGCACGGCGCGGGCGGCCGUGCGCGUGCGCUGCGAGCUGCGCGGGCCCGAGGCGGCAGUGCGCGUGCGCCAGGUGCGCGUGCUGGGCGCGCCGGCGCCGCAGCCCGCCGCCGCCGCCUCGCCCGCGCACCUGCUGCACCAGCUCGCCGAGGCCGACACGCUGCGCGUCUUCCGCCUGCUCACCUCGCAGGUGUUCGGCAAGCUGCUGGAGUGGGAGAGUAGUGGCAGCGAGUCGGGCGCGGAGGCGGAGGAGCCGGCCGACGACAGCGACCUGCGCGAGCACGUGGUGGGCAUCCUGUUCGCGGGGCACAAGCUCACCACGCUGCAGCGUCAGGUCAUGUCGCACAUCGUGGCCGCCAUCGGCUGCGAGGCGGCGCGCGUGCGCGACGACUGGGAGACGGCGCUGCUGUGCGCCGCCGCGCCCGAGCGCGUCGCCCAGCCCCAGGAUAACUACUGCUUCGAGAUGCUGUCGCUGCUGCUGGCGCUGAGCGGCAGUGCGGUGGGGCGCGCGCACCUGGCGCAGCGCACGGAGCUGCUGCGCGACCUGCUGGCGCUGCUGCACGCGGGCAGCGAGCGCGUGCAGCGCCAGGUCAUCUCGCUGCUGCGCCGCAUCAUCGCCGAGAUACCUCCGCAGAAAAUGUUGGCGGCCGUUAAUUACGGCUCUGAACUUAAUACCAGAGUGACGCUCUUGGAGCACCUGGUGUGCUAUCUGGGCAAGGCCAUCACGGUGCAAGUGAAGGUGAAGGGCACGAGCGGCGCCAGCCCGGCUGCCGUGAGCAUGGGCGGCAGCGUGGCCGGCGCGCCCCCCGCCGCCUGGUUCAUGCGCGGACACACCACCAAGAAACACGCGCACCUCGUCGCCAAGCUGCUCUCCGACAUGGCCGAGGAUAAGGUGUCAGUGGAGUGGGGAGUGGAGACGCGCGCGGCGCUGGCCGGCUACGUGGCGGGCGUGGCGCAGGCGAGCGAGGCGGAGCGCCGCGCCGCGCGCUGCGUGGCCGCGCCCGCGCUGUGGCUGGCGCUCGCCGCGCUCUGCGUCUGCGACCAGGCGCACGUGGACCUGAUCAACCAGUCGUGCGAGACGCGCGACACCGGCCGCGCCGAGGCGCGCCCGCUCUGCGCCAAUCACGAGGACGGCAGCACCGCCGCCGUCAUCCAGUGCGGUGCGUGCGGCCCGCUGUGCGCCGACUGCGACCGUUUCCUGCACCUGCGCCGCGCCGCCCGCGCGCACCGCCGCCAGAUAUGCAAAGAGGAGGAGAGCGCCAUCCGCAUCGACAUCCACGAGGGGUGCGGGCGCGCCAAGCUGUUCUGGCUGCUGCUGCUGGUGGACCGGCGUACGCUGAAGGGGCUGGCGGAGUUCCGCGGCAUGGAAGGCGGCGUGUGCGACGCGGCCGGCAGCGCGGCGCCGCCCGGCCUGGCCGGCACGUGCCGCUUCUGCGGCGCGCGCGGCAACACCGGCCUGCUUGCCAUCGGUAACGUCUGCGCCGACCAGCAGUGCCAGGAGCACGGCGCGGCGGCGUGCUCGCGGCUGCUGGCGUGCGGGCACGCGUGCGGCGGCGUGCGCGGCGAGCGCGCGUGCCUGGCGUGCCUGCACGGCUGCGCGGGGGCGGAGGCGCCGCUGCGCCAGGACGCCGACGACAUGUGCAUGAUCUGCUUCACCGACCCACUGCAGGCCGCGCCCGCCAUACAGCUGAAAUGUGGUCACGUGUUCCAUCUACACUGCUGCAAGAAAGUGCUCGCCAACAAAUGGAUCGGACCACGAAUAACGUUCUCGUUCUCACAAUGCCCUAUUUGCAAGGAGGACAUGAGCCACUGGACGCUGGAGGAGCUGCUGGCGCCCAUCCGGCAGCUGUUCGAGGAGGUGCGGCGCAAGGCGCUCAUGCGGCUGGAGUACGAGGGCGGCGCGCUGCCGGCGCGCGGCAAGCAGCUGCCCGACCCCGCCGCCUACGCCAUGGAGCGCUACGCCUACUACGUCUGCCACAAGUGCGGCAAGGCCUACUUCGGCGGGCUGGCGCGCUGCGAGGCGGACUGGAGCGGCUGGUGGGAGCCCGCCGAGCUGGUGUGCGGCGCGUGCAGCGACGUGGCCGGCGCGCGCACCUGUCCCAAGCACGGCGCCGACUUCCUCGAGUACAAGUGCCGCUACUGCUGCUCCGUGGCGGUGUUCUUCUGUUUCGGCACGUCGCACUUCUGCAACGCGUGCCACGACGACUUCCAGCGAGUGACCGGCAUCCCCAAGCACAUGCUGCCGCAGUGCCCCGCCGGGCCCAAGGGCGAGCAGCUGCCCGGCUCGGCGGACGAAUGCCCGCUGCACGUGCAGCACCCGCCCACCGGCGAGGAGUUCGCGCUCGGCUGCGGCGUGUGCCGCCACGCGCAUGCCUUCUGAGCCCGCGUCGCAUCCCUAAUAUAUCCAGUACCUACAAUGUCUCAUCAUAUUAUCGUUUCAAUGUUAUAUCGAUAUUGUAUAUUCGAGAUCAAUGUUUCACCCACAGUAACGUCAGUGUUGUCUACAGUAGGAAUAUGUGUCAUUUUGUCUCUGAUCUUAUACUUUGAUCUGUAUUUGCGUAAAUAUCGUGAUAAACACUUGGCCCAUUUAACGUCUGAAGCGGUCGUCGACCUGUAUCGAGUUGUGUGGGAGUUCAAGUGACUGCAGUGUGUAUAAUGCUCGUGCUACUUUUCCAUCGAUUAAAUGGUCUGAGGUGUUUAUAUACUUAUAUAUAGUAUCGAUGUAAAGUCCUUCCUCUAUCCACGUAAUCGCGGACACCUAGUCAAUGUAUUUGAGUAUUGUGGUCAGUUUUCUGGCUGUUAUUGUGGUUAAGUUGAUGGUUAAGUCCAAAGUCCAACUGCAUAGUGUUUCAUGCUAUGACUUCUACUUCAGAAUAAGGAAUGUUUGCUGUAUGAAAGUUUCCCUUACAGGAUUCAUGAAGUAAGCUUGUGAUUGUAUUUCACUGAACUUGUGGAAUGUUGUGAUAUAAAUUGUAAAUAUCUAUAUAUAAUAGGGCGAAGGCACGACUCGUGUGCGGCCCGCGCUCCGUCUAGUCUAACUGAUUGCUGCGAGCCUUCUCCUUGUUCUCAGUAAUCACUCGCCGUCAUUGAAACUAUUACUUUGAUAAAUUAUUAUUAUAAUUCGUUAAACAUCGGUGUUUUAGGAAUAGCAGUUUUAUUAUUAUUUGUUGUUUUAAGAUAAAUAAUCAUUGUAAAAAGGUGCUGAGUGUAGGUACACUUGCCACUAACUAGUAGAAAGUAUUCGGCUCCUGAGAACAGAGGUACCUGAAUAAUUCUAUUGACCACCAUAAUCCGUACUUUUAAAUACACUGGUAACAGUGCAUCAGUAACAAUUGAUAUGAGAAUUAACUAUGCACGAAAAUAAAUCCACAGAGCUACAAGAUACAAGCUGUGCUAAGUUUGUGGCUCAACGGUAACUACCACAAUGUAAAGUUGCUUUUUUGACAAUAAACAUUAUUUUAUUUAUUUUGGUUACGUAUGGAGUAUGGGCACUGGGCAGUCCGUGUGAAGCAACACGAGGGUACUGUAGUGAGGUCGUGCACCACUCGGCACAUCUGAACAUUCCUGAAUAUUAGUAGCUUCACUUCAUUGCUGUAUAUACAUGUAGGAAGUCCAACUUUGAAACGUAACUCGUAAGCUAUUCCUUAAAUAUAGGACAGGACAAGUAAUAAAAGUAGGUUAAACACGGACUGUAUUUGAAGACUUGAUAAAAAUUGUAUUUGGAACGAAAAUCUUUGUUGAUUGUACUUAAUAAGAAAAUAAAAAUGCAUAGGAGAGCGAGGUGGGGCGGCGACUGGGUGUUGUGCCACGCCCCACACAUGAACCACUAAGAUUUUAAAUAAUGAACAUCUGAAACAGAUGAGAAAGAUCAUCAUUCCUGUCGAAAUUAAAACUUGGUGGCUUAAUUGUAAGUUUAUAAUUUAAAUGAAACCGUUUAUUAGAUAGUUGUAUCGAUAGCUCUUUUUGAUGAUGAUUUUACAAUGUUAUAUCGUGUUAAAUUUAUUACCCUCAGUUAUCAAUUCUGAUUGACUAUUGUGAAUUUAAACUUUAUUUUUAAGUCAAGGAAUACAAGUCGAAAAAUUAAGUAGAUAGACAAUUGAGUGAACGUGGAGUGGAUAUAAAGUCGGUAUAGUUCGACACAUCAAUAACAACAGCAUUCAGUGGAGUCUGGUUGAUAACAGCUCCAUUCCCAAUUGUAGUCAACUAGACUAUCUGUAAGCUACACAGCUACAUAGCAGAAUUUAUUCUUGAAAAUAGCUUGCAGCAGGCGGUGCCCAAAGUAACAUAAAAAUGAAAACCACAAGUUGAAUAGGUACUUACUCGAAAUCGAAUACACUUUUAGGGUCAAAUCUUCUAUAUGUUAAAUAAGUACAUCUUGUACCCAAUAAAUAUAUCGUGGCAGGAGCUGGUGAGGCCAGGCGUGGCGAGUGUCGCCUCGCCUGGCGAAGCCUACAGUUUGUGUCAUUAACAUGUUCAUGGUGUUUUACGAUCUACCUAAUCUAUUGACAAUAUGUAAGUACACAACAAACUUAAUUAUGGUUUAUCAACAAAUGCACCUUAGUAGAAUCUACUUCUGAUGUAGUUCAUGACUAUAGUUGUUAAGAGUAUUAUUUUACAAUAAAGCUUAAAAUCAAA